AUGUCUUUUAACGUACGAGAUCCGUUAAAGAUGAAUUACGCCAUAACGGAACCAGGAGAGGAAGUGGUGAUCACAGGAAUCUCUGGACGAUUUCCAGAGAGCAGGAAUAUAAUAGAGUUGAAGAACAAUUUGAUGAACAAGGUGGACCUCAUCACAGACAAUUCUACAAGAUGGGUACAAGAUCACGCGGAAAUCCCGAAAAGUGGCGGGAAAGUGACCGAUUUAACCAAGUUCGACGCCAUAUUUUUCGGUGUCCAUUACAAACAAGCUCAUACCAUGGACCCUAUGUGCCGGAUAUUGAUGGAACACGCUUACGAAGCCGUUAUAGAUGCGGGGAUAAAUCCUAAACUGUUCAAGGGUAGCAAUACCGGGGUAGUUAUAGGAUCUUGCGUCAGCGAGUCGGAGAAGACUUGGUUCUACGAAAAGUUACAAGCGAACGGUUUAGGUAUCACCGGAUGCAGCAGAGCCAUGCUGGCCAACAGGAUAUCAUAUUUCAUGGAUCUGCAUGGCCCGUCUUACACGAUUGACACAGCCUGCAGUUCGAGUAUGUUCGCCUUGGAUCAAGGUUACAGGUUGAUUCGAAAUGGAGUGUGCGACGCAGUGAUCGUGGGUGGCUCCAAUCUCUGCCUUCAUCCCUACGUAUCUCUUCAAUUCGCUCGUCUCGGAGUGUUAUCUCCUGAUUGUCGAUGCAAAAGUUUCGACGCGAGGGCGAACGGUUACGGGCGCAGCGAGGCGAUCAGCGUGAUCCUCUUGCAAAAGGCGAAGAAUGCGAAGAGAGUCUACGCGGAACUCGUCUACACGAAGACCAAUUGCGAUGGAUACAAGGAGCAGGGAAUCACGUUCCCUGCCAGCGAGAUACAGAAACAGCUUCUCACAGAUUUCUACAAGGAGUGCAACAUAUCACCUAACAAGUUGGCCUUCUUGGAGGCUCAUGGUACCGGAACCGCAAUCGGUGAUCCCGAAGAGCUGAACGCAAUCGAUAAAGUUUUCUGCCAGAACAGAACCACUCCUCUUAGGAUUGGCACCAUCAAGUCGAAUAUAGGGCACAGCGAACCCGCCAGUGGUCUUUGCUCGAUAGCCAAGGUAAUCAUCGCGAUGGAAAGCGGUAUAAUCCCGCCGAACAUAAACUUUAUAAGUCCUAUGAAGGGUGUGAAGUGCUUCGACGAGGGGAAAGUCGAAGUGAUCACGGAGCCAACCCCAUGGGAGGGUGGUUACGUAGGAAUAAACUCCUUUGGUUUCGGUGGCGCCAAUGCUCACGCGCUCUUGAAGUCCUACACGAAAGAUAAAGUGAACAAUGGAGCGCCUUCCGACGAUUUGCCGAGACUGGUGAUUGUAUCUGGCCGGACCGAAGAGGCAUUGGAAGUUCUCCUCGGUCAUAUCGAAAGUAUACCAGUAGACGUGGAAUACAUCCGAUUAUUGUACAACGUUUACUGCGAAAAUAUACCCGGUUACAUGUUCAGAGGGUAUACCAUAGUUGGAUCUAAGAUAUCUGAGAAACCGUCGAGGGAGAUUCAAGAAUAUUCCGACACGAAAAGACCGAUUUGGUUUGUUUUCUCUGGGAUGGGCUCGCAAUGGGCUGGAAUGGGGGAAGCAUUGAUGAGGUUCCCAAUCUUCGCCAAGGCUAUCCACAAAUGUGAUAAAGUGUUAAAGCCCCACGGUAUCGAUAUCAUCGACAUAAUCACUAAUAAGGAUAAAAAGAUUUUCGAUAAUAUUUUGAAUUCGUUCGUUGGAAUCGCUGCUAUUCAGAUCGGUCUCGUUGAUUUAUUAAUAAGCGUGGGUAUCGAGCCGGAUAAUAUGAUUGGCCAUUCCGUCGGAGAACUUGGCUGCGCUUACGCGGACGGAUGUUUCACGGCCGAACAAAUGAUACUCGCGGCCCAUUCCAGAGGCUUAGCUUCCAUCGAGACUAAAAUGAUCCAAGGAUCGAUGGCGGCGAUUGGCCUCGGAUACGAGGAGAUUAAAAAUAUAUGCCCGCCCGAUAUCGAAGUCGCUUGCCACAAUGGUCCUGACAGCUGUACGAUAAGUGGUCCAGCUCAAUCCAUGAAGGAAUUUGUUGCCACCUUACAGGCCAAGAACAUCUUUGCGAAAGAAGUGCCAUGCAGCAAUAUAGCUUAUCACAGUCGUUACAUCGCGGAUGCGGGGCCGAAAUUAUUGUCAUAUCUGAAGAAAGUUAUUCCCAAUCCAAAAGCAAGAAGUUCCAAGUGGGUGAGCACUUCCGUGCCGCAAAGUCAAUGGCACACGGAAGCUGCCAAAUAUUCUUCCGCGGAAUAUCACACGAAUAAUUUGUUGAAUUCGGUGUUGUUCGCUGAAACGGCGAUUAUGAUCCCAAAUGACGCUAUAACCAUUGAAAUAGCGCCUCACGGUCUCCUCCAGGCAAUUUUGAAAAGAUCUUUGGAUCAGAACGUGAUAAAUAUUUCGUUGAUUCACAGAAAUCACAAAGAUAACGCGGAAUACUUUUUGCAAGCGCUCGGAAAAUUGUACAAUAUUGGUCUCCAAUUACAACUCGCAAAUAUUUAUCCUCACGUAGAGUUCCCUGUUAGCCGUGGCACCUCCAUGAUCUCUCCUUAUAUCAGAUGGGAACACUCCGAGGAUUGGUACGUGGAAAUCAACACUCAACGUCAAAAGAUUACCAGAGCGGAACGAGUAAUCGAUAUUAAUCUCAAAGACGAAAAUUACGAGUACAUAACGCAUCACGUUAUCGAUGGAAGAAACUUAAUCCCGGCCAUGGGCUAUCUGGUCAUGGUUUGGGACAUGUUUAGUUUAAUGGAAGGGAAAUUUUGCGAUGAUAUGCCGGUUGUUUUUGAAAAUAUCAAAUUCGAACGUGCAACAAGCAUUUCCUCAACCGGUACCGUUUCGUUGAAAAUCAUAAUUCAAAAAGGAUCCGGAAGAUUCGAGAUAACAGAGGGAUCUGCAGUAGUAGCGACAGGUACAAUCCGCAUGGAAUUGAAUCCCAAACAAGAAAUGAUCGAAGAAAAGUUUCUCGCCAAGAUCGAGGACGAAGAAGUUCUGACCAAUAAAGAUAUAUACACGGAGUUAAGACUUCGUGGUUACGAGUAUGCCGGUCCAUUCUGUGCAUUGAAAAGCUCCUCUCUCAAAGCAACGAGAGGGCAUAUCGCUUGGAUGAAGAAUUGGGCCGUGUUUAUGGAUAACAUGUUACAAAUGAAGAUAUUAGGUUUUGAUACUAAAUCGUUGUAUGUACCAACUGCGAUUCGUAAGAUGGUGAUCGAUACGAAGUUUCACAAUACGAUUAUUCGACAUCUUACCGAGGAGAACAAUUUGAUCCCAGUCAUGGUAUACAACGAUUACGACAUCGUAAUGUCCGGCGGGAUCGAGAUUCGUGGAGUAAAGGCGAACGUUAUUCAACGACGUAAACAAAUGGACGUGCCUACCCUAGAAGAGUACAAAUUCGUGGCGAACCGUGACAGAGCGCAGAUAUCGAUGGAAGAGAUGAUCAUUUUGUCCAUCCAUCUCGCGUUGGAGUGUCACAGUAUAAACAAUCCAAAAAUCCUCGAACUGCUACACCAGAACGACAAAGUAUCCGCCGAGGAGAUCUUCAUUCCCAUCGUCGUCAAGAUGUUGAACAAUAUCGCGAUGAUUCGUCCAAGCUUGAUUCUGGCCGCAGACCCGAAACAACGCGAGGAAUUAUCGCUCCCCGAGCAUAACGUCUCCGUAAUUGAGCCGAAUAAAUUACCGGAGGACGGCAGCGUUUUCAUGGUAGCCGGCCACGACGUUAUAACGAGCAAGAGAAUAGACAUCUUGGAACAAUUUUUGCUCGCGAUAAGCAAUCACGGUUUUAUCCUGCUUCAAGAGAGCGACGCGAACGAGGAUAUUUUCUCAGCUCUUCGAACGUACAAUCUGAACAUCGUAUUGGAGAAGAGUUUCAACGACAAGAUCUUGUUGCUUCUGAAGAAAGCUGCGGAGAAACCACCUCAAAAGAUGGAAGUGGUGUACGUGAGGAACGACGAGUUCGGUUGGGUGGAGGAAGUGAAGGAAGUGAUGAAGAAGGAUAAAUACACGAACAAAGCGAUCAGAUUGAUAUUAGUCGCGGAAGGAGAUCUCGAGAAUGGUGUUCAAGGUCUGGUCAAGUGCUUGGUAAGGGAGCCUAACGGCGAAAUUGUGAGGACCGUGAUAAUCCAGGACGAAAAUGCGCCCAAGUUCUCGUUGGACGAUCCAUUCUAUUCCAAACAGCUCGACAUAGAUAUCGUUUACAACGUGUUGAGGCCAGGAAAAAUCUGGGGGACGUACAGGCACCUGCCUUAUCCGGAGCCGAAGCCAACUUUGAUCCCUCACGCCUAUGCCGAUCUGAAGGUAAGAGGAGAUCUGAAUUCCCUCCAGUGGAUAGAGGGCUCGAUUCAACCAGACAAGAAGAACGUGGUCAAGGUGGUAUACGCUUCUUUGAACUUCAGAGAUGUGAUGUUGGCCACUGGAAAAUUGAUGCCGGAAGCGAUAAUGAAAUCCAGAAUGGACAAUUGCUUUAUUGGCUUCGAAUUCUCCGGGAUCGAUGCAAAUGGGCAACGAGUGAUGGGAUUCGUGGACAGCAAGAGUAUAUCCAAUCUAGUCACACCCCAUGAAUUAACCGUAUGGCCCGUGCCAGAAGAAUGGUCCCUGGAAGACGCUGCGACCGUCCCAUCCGCUUACUUCACGGUUUUCUACGCCUUUUUCUACUUUGGAAAAUUAAAAAAGGGGGAGAAGGUUUUGAUCCACAGUGGAAGCGGGGCCGUCGGUCAAGCCGCCAUCAACGUGGCCCUAGCCGAAAACUGCGAGGUGUUCACAACGGUGGGCACUGCCGAGAAACGAAAAUUCAUCAGGGAGACGUUUCCUAGCAUAGACGACGAUCACAUUGGAAAUUCUCGGGACACAAGUUUUGAGCAGAUGGUGAUGAGGCAGACGCGUGGCAAAGGGGUGGACAUAGUUCUCAACUCUCUGGCUGAGGAUAAACUCCAGGCGUCGGUUCGUUGCCUGGGUUACCGCGGUCGUUUCUUGGAAAUUGGUAAAUUCGACAUGACUGUUAACAAUCAACUGGGAUUGGACAUAUUCUUGAAAGAAAUUAGCUUCCAUGCAGUGAUACUCGAUGCCAUAAUCUUUGGUUUUAUCAAAGAAAUACAGAAGGAAAUAUAUCACUUUAUCAAUAAGCAAUUGGCCGAAAGAAACAUCAAACCUCUGGUGAGAAAGUGCUUUGAAAAGAAUCAAUUGGAGGAGGCGUUUAGGUACAUGGCAGCAGGCAAACAUAUCGGAAAGAUUCUGAUUAAAAUAUCGGAUGAGAACACUCCUGUAACCACGCCGAUUCUUGGUUAUCCUCGUUUCAACGCUUUCGAGGAUAGAACUUACUUAAUCGUAGGCGGUUUAGGGGGAUUAGGCCUAGAGUUUUCGGACUGGUUGAUCUUCCACGGCGCGAAGAAUCUAGUGUUGGUUUCUCGAAACGGGAUCCAAACUGGUUAUCAAAGAAUGAAGGUAGAGAUGUGGAAGUUUUACGGUAUCAACGUUUCGAUCAUCUCUGGCGUGGAUGCAUCGAAAUCAGAGGAUUGCGAGUUUAUACUGAGAUCUGCAGAGAAACAGGCGCCCGUGGACGGUAUAUUCAACCUGGCAGGCUUGUUGAAAGACGGUUUCAUGGUGAAUCAAACCGUGGAAUCGUUCGAGAAAGUUGUAAAACCGAAAGCCACGAUCACCAAAAAUCUGGACGUGCUCUCGAGAAAGAUCUGUCCGAAACUUCGCCACUUUGUUGUAUUUUCCUCCAUCGCGUGCGGGAAAGGUAAUAUCGGUCAAAGUAACUAUGCGUUCGGAAAUGGAAUAAUGGAGAGAAUAUGCGAGAAAAGAGUGGAGGAAGGCCUCCCCGGAAUGGCUAUUCAAUGGGGCCUUAUAAAAGACGUCGGUCUCGCUGCAAAAGUGUUGAAGAACAAACAGGUAAUCAGUGGGACCAUACCUCAAAGCAUACCGUCAUUUUUAGAAGAAUUGGAGAAAUUCUUGUGUCAUAGUAAACCAAUCGUGUCUAGCUUAGUGAUUGCAGAUAAACAAGGUAACGUAAAAGAAGUUACGAAUGUUCUUGAAGCAGUGAUGAAUAUCAUGAAUAUAAAGGACUUGAAGAGAGUGAGGCAGACUGCUUCCCUAGCUGAAUUGGGUAUGGAUUCUAUGAUUGCCGUAGAGAUAAAACAGACUCUAGAAAGAGACUUCGACAUGUUUCUAAGCGCACAAGAGAUUAGAGUCUUGAACAUAGCCAAACUUGUGGAAAUGUCUGGGAAAAAUAUGAAAAAUAAAGAAUCGGUUAAAGAAUCGUUGAAUAUUGAGACAGAAAAAUUGAGCGGCAUCAAACUGUUUAUCAAAAGCUUGAACGUUUCGAUAUUACAAAAUCAGUAUUUCAUAGAGCUUCCUAUUAAAUGUGGUGAAAAAAAGAACGAAGUAUUUUUUAUAUCAGGUCUCGAAGGCUCUCACAUUACUUUUUCCUCGUUAAUUCCAAUGUUAAAAGUACCUGCCACUUGUUUGCAAUUAGGAAUACACGACGUUGCUAAUAGCAUAGAAGAAAUGGCCGAAUGUCUUUUGCCCCAUGUUUUAGCAAGGAGCAAAGAUCGUAGAGAUUUCAACAUAGUUGCAUAUUCAUACGGAUCGGUUAUAGCCAUGGAACUAGUUAGGAAAUUAGAACCUUACAUUCUAAUCGGACAUCUCACGUUAAUUGACGGAUCUCCCGAAUACAUGAAAGCUAUAAAGUCACAAUAUUUUGCGGUAUCUACGGAAAACGAGUAUCAAAAUAAAUUCCUCAUCGAAAUAUUAAGCGUCAUUAAAUCACCCACUAUCGAAAAGUUCAAAUUUGAAUUAAACAAGUGUAAUAAUUGGAACGAGAAGUUGGAUAUAUUAGUUAAACACUCGACCGAGAAUAUUUUUAAGAUGUACUCGCCAGAAAUUUUAAAAGCUAUUGUAUCGUUUAUUUAUAAACGACUUUGUGCGUUGGACAAAUACGAUCCUAUUUCCUUACCGCCUCUUAGAACAUCUAUUACGUUGUUGACACCAACGGUACCGGCUAUAGAAGUAACAGAUCCAACUUAUGGAUUACAAAAGUUAACUAAUGGAACCGUGACAGUGCACAAAAUAGAAGGAAAUCACAAUUCCAUGUUGAAUAAUAAAAAAAUCGCAGCGAUUAUUAAUGGCGAACCUUUGGAGGAUGAGGAAAUGUUUAAGAAAAAUUUAAAACUUUCCAAAGUCUAAAUUAAAAUCGUAGACAAGGACUAAGAAACUUUAUCGUAAAAACUUAUUAAAUUAAAGAAUAUAUCGUAAAAAAAGGUAAUAUAAUAUAAUAUAAUAUAAUAGCAUGAAUAUAUAUGUUCAUUCUUUAACGAUAUAUCUAUUAUUAUCUAUAUAUCACUUCUCAUUCACAAAUAAAUAAAUAAAGAAUUAAAUGUAAUGUUAUCAUAUUUUUAUGCAAAAUCAUACAAUUGGAAACAUAUCAGAUAUUGAUAUGUCAGAUCACCCCCAUAUGACAAACAAUGGAUCAUCAUUCAUGCAACAAAUUGAAUUAUAUAUAAUACAACCUUAACAUCAUAGAACCUUAAGAUUACGUUGUAUACAUAUACAUACUGUAGAAAUAAAAUUACAAUACAUUAGACAUUGGAUAAUUUUCCGAAGUGAUUUAAAGUAUCCGGAAAUUAUCUUAUAUUUAUUGAGAAGGAUUCUGUUUGACCAUAAAAUUUAUCGUUAUCUUUAUUUUCAUUUUUAGUCUUCAUGUAGAAAAUUAUAAAGAAAAUUCUAAAUUUUGAUCUAUAUCAGGA